AUGUUAUUUAACCAUUAGAGACAAUUUCUAUAUCUAUAACUAACACAUCAGAAAUUUAGGAUUUAAUUGGGGGCAUAGAAUAACCAUGAAUCUUAUUUACGAUAUUGUAAAGGCAUUCUAGAAAAACUUAAAAUUUAAAAUUUCGACAAAUUGAAUGAAAAAUCAGUUAAAGAACAUUUUAGCAAAUUAUAAAAAGAACUUCCAAAUUAAUAACAAUUCUUUAACAGAAUUAUUAAAAAUUAUGGAAAUAAAUUUCCUUUUAUUGAAAGAGGCAUACCUUUCAAUUAAAGUUUUGGAGAAAUUAUUUAUUUAAAAAACAUAAAUUUAGCUGAUCAAUCUGUUCUUGAAGGUUUAAAUUCCCUUUUGGAGGAAAACAGAAAUUUUAUUGUUAAUAGAAGAAAAAUAAUCAAUACUAACUAAUUCUUUAUUAUUGCAUCUACAAACUCAGCUAGUGGAGGUUAUUUAAGUGAAGCCUAAAAUCUCGUUUUACAAAGAUAGUUAUUGAAGAAUGUAUUUUAUUGAAUAAUAAAAAUGAAUUGUAAUCAACAUUCAUAAAUUAUUUUCGACAGAAAGUAAAAUCUGUAGAAUAAUAAAAUAAUAGAAUUUAUAACAAAAUUUUUGACUACAUUUAAAUCAAAAAAACAUAUUAAUUUUUAAAAUUGAACCUAUAAAUCUUUUUAUUAAUGAUUAGUUUUUUGGAUUGGGUUCUAAAAAAUACAUCGGAACUUGAAAAAUUAAGUUUAGGAACUUAAUAUGUUUUAUUAGAUCCAAUUAAACUUUAAUUUUCAGAUAAUAUUGUAGAUGAGAAAGUAUUGGCAAUAUUUAAUAAAGCAAGAUAAUUGUUAGAUUAAGAGAUUAGAUGUUAGAUUGGAUCGAAUUCAAAAUUAGUGUUAAAUUAGUAAUCAAAUCAAAUAAUAUCAAGAAUUUUUGCAGCUUUCAAUACUAAAUAUAUUCCUUGUUUAAUUGGGCCACUUGGAGUUGACAAGAGCGCUUUAACAUAAGAAAUAGCUAAAAUUGUUAAAAAAACAAUUUUGUAGGAUAUGUUGUUCAGAUAAUUUCAGUAUUGA